CAUAAAAACAAUAUGGCAUCCAAGUAGCUAGCAAUGUCACGCUUACAAUAUGUUUAAUAGAGAGAUGGACGACAGAGCACAAGUGUUGGGUUUUUCUCCUCAACAGGAGAAAAUCUACAACAAUUUUCUACCGUAUGCUGACAAGAUCGAUGAUGAGUCCUUUGAAGCAUUCGUGGAAAUAAAAAGCAAUUUAGCGAAAGCUGUCGCUCUACGAGAUGUCAAAACUGGAGCGAAUCACUGGGUCGGGAUGCUGUCGAGGUAUAUCCGACUCUAUGGACUGAAGUUUACCAAAGAAGACCACAUAGCAUUAAUCAAACUCCUGUAUGAGUUGGUUCUCAUACCAGACCUGGAGCUUUCACUGAUACAGAUGUUUGCCAACCAGCUGAUUAAUUUAUUGAAGAAGAGAAAAUUACUGACAAGAGAAGAUCUGUGUUUGCCCUGGCGCCCGCUGUACCAGCUAGUAGAAGCCGUGGCAUAUUCUCCAUAUGAACCUCAUGGCCUGCAGUUGUUCCCACCCCAUGUAGAGAAUGUCUUGAAGAACCUGAUAAAAUACUGUCGACAUUAUUUUCCGUUGGAAGCAACAAAGGAGAUGCUGGAAGAAUGGAGGCCCUUGAUGUGUCCAUUUGACGUCACCAACAUCAAAGCCAUCCACUACUUUGAGUACUUCCUCCCGACCAACCUCCCGCCUCAUCAGCAGGAUCAUGGUUGGAAACUGUGGUUCAGCGAGUUCAUGGAUAUAUGGAUAUCAUUCCAGAACAAUCCAAAAUGGGAAUCUGGCUUGGUGAAUCUGUUUUCCCGUCUUUCAAAUGACAACAUUGGUUACAUGGACUGGAGUCCGUAUACUAGUCAGAUUUUUAACCGUUUUCUCCGGAGUUUCAAUUUACCUGUUGGAACUCGGCUACAGAAGGUGGGCCGAUCUAAUAAUACUUAUGAUGUGUUCUCAUCAGUGCAGUGGAUCAUCUCUAUGCUGGGAGGUAGCUCUGGUGUGCAGGAUUAUUUGGACAAGAUCUUCAAAACUCUGCAGACAUUUUACCAUCCCUCCAAUCUAGGGAAGUGGAAUGUGAAACUUAGUGGACUACUGAUGACAUUCCCGCGCCUCUUUGUGAAGAGGAUACACAGGGAGAGAUAUAAAAAGCCCACGUGGGAAAACCAGGUUCCUGACUCCCACAAGUUGUCGGAAGAAGACAUCACCAGGUUUGUGGAAAGUAUGAAGCCUGUCAUCUUCGUUUCCAUGUUCAGCAAAUAUGGCAGUCACGACUCCGCCAUCGCCCUCCGUCACCUGUCCAACAUGAGACCAGAAAUCAUCAUUCCAACCCUGUUAGAAAAAAUGUACCCGGCCAUGGAGAACUUGAUUGAGCCCCACCGCCUCAUUGCCUGUAUGACCUGUAUUGUGGCUGUGGCACGACCCAUGUUACACAAUAGGAAGCGGUACCCAGAGGGCCGCUCCCACCUACUGCCGCUCCUUAAUCUCUCCAUCCCGGGGAUCGACCCCAAUGACUUCAAGAAAUGUCUGAUAACUUUCCAGAUGAUUUCAACAUUUGUAACUUUAGUACCCAUAGUCGAUUGUUCCGAGGCAGUGUUUGUUAGGGACGACCUCACCGAGGAAGAAAAGGAGCUAUGCUCAGCGACUGCUCAGUUUGAAGAUUUCGUCCUUCAGUUCUUUGACAGGGUGUUCACGCUGAUAGAAAACAGUGCCCAGGAGCAUGUCCACAGCGACAUAACUCGCCUGAACCUUGAGCAGAGCAUGCUGGAGGUGGGCCUAGCAUCUACGGCUGUGUCUGUUUUACAACAAUGCUCCACACCUAUAUUCAAGUCGGCCCUGGACAGAAUCCACCGGUUUGUGACAGGAAGUGUGUUUGAGAGUCGCGUGGGAGGCAGAUUUGCAGGCAAUCUAUGUCGGGCCGUAGCCAAGGUGAAUCCUGAAUUAACUCAAAAGAAAUUCCUUUCUCAUAUGUGCUCGAAUGUGAAGAACUUGCUGGAAAAUCAUGAGGAUCUCAAAAAUGAAGAACAACUUGAUGAUAGCUUUUUAUGGAAUUUAAUCAUGCUACCUCAGCUGGUACGUUGUGAUGGUGCAGCACUCUUGCCUUACAAGGCAGAGCUACUCGAGAUCAUCCAGAUGACCCUCCACCUUAAGUGUAUCCAGGGUUACGAACUGGCAGGCCAGUUAUUACGCUAUCUAUUGAGGGCUCUUACCCUCAUCUAUCCACUGGACUACAAAAGUGUGGCAGAAACCCUCGACAAGCCAUUCACAGAGUGGCUGGCUAUCAAUGACUGGGCAAUGCCCGGUGACAUCGACGACCUUCAGAUGAAAUGGCAUGUACCUAAUGAUGAAGAGAUGAAGUUUGCCUCCGAGAUUCUCCAGACCAUCCUCAAGCCAGAGCUGGAGGCCAUCAGGACUGUAACAGCAGACAAUAAAAUGAACAGGGAGGAAUUGCUGAGGAGGUUGAACGUUAUCCUGGAGUGUUUGCUCGGCGCGGGGACUGUUCUACCAAUGUGGGACGAUGCUGUCGUAGAAAUAGUGGAGAGUUCUGUUUCCCUGCGGCGACAGCACUGUCAGUCAACAGGCCAACACUCGUGUAUAACAUUUGAUGGCCAAAAUGUGAGAGAGAAUGUGAUGGAUGCUGUCCGCCCCCUCCUGUCUCAUAUGCUGGCCACAUGUGAAGACGACACAAAGGGAUUGUUCAAGUUGAUACAGAUAUAUGAAACUGUGAUGUUCUUCAAUGGAACCCAGAAAAAUGACUUCGAUAAACGAUGGAAGAGUUUCCACGCCGUGAAGCAAGCGUUAGAUGAUCAGAUGAGGGCUAAGAAGCGCCAUAUACGAGCCAUACUUGUAGACCGAGUACAACUACAGCAGGAGCUUCGCAUGUUGAACGGCUGUAGACGCCUUUUCACAGAGCGACACAAGACCAUGCUUUUCGAUCUCCUGAGCUUGUCUGUCAGCCGUUACAGUGAUGUGAGAAAGACGGCCCAAGGCGUGCUAUUUCUAGGCUUUCAUAAUUUACAUUAUUCUUACCGCUGUACAGUCCCAGCUAUCGUCAAAAACCUGACAGACAGCAACACUCCGGAGCAUGUGUUUAAAGGGACAUUGUUUACUCUGCUUGGCUCCGGCAAGAAGAACAUAGCUACCAAGUGUAACUGGUCUGUAUUAGGAGAAGUAUGGCCAGCCAUCACACAGGCACAACACUCUGAGAAACCCUCCAUCCUCAAGGUCAUUGACGACAUCAUCAACAAGGUCGUCAAGAACAUGGAGAGUGUCUCCAUAGUAGUCAAAACAACGUCGUCGGCCAUCACAGCAGCACAAGCCUUGUUUGACACAGGCAAACCCCACUGUUCAUUUCCUGCCAUGACUAGUAAGGAAUUGGAAGCUGCCCGACUCCGAGAGGAGGAAACAAGCAACAAGGACAAAGCAUUGUACUUAAAGCUGGUAGCUGACCUUGUGAAUCUAGUAGAAAAUGGAAACUUGAUGUGGAAGUUCGCCCAGCUGGGUAUGGAGCUGACGUGUCUCCUGCUUAGACACGACAUCCUAUUGCCAGCGUGUGCUGUCAGACUCUAUACCAAGGGCAUGAUACACGACUCUCUCUACGUCAGAAAGCUGUCACUUAGCUCGAUUUCUGCAGUCCUGAAACAGCAGAAGAGAAGACACAAGCCUCAGGUAUUUGAUCCAUUCAAAGUGUCUGGUACAACAGCUCCAUCUGGUGGUGACUUUCGGCCGGGAGACCGAGAGGAUAAUCAUUGGAUCUGUUACGACAAUGACAAACUACCUCUUACAAAAGAACAAUGGGAAAGCUCCACUUUCGUGGAGAAAACACACUGGGGCUACUACAAUUGGCCGAAAACGAUGAAGACCUACGCUCCUACCUCAGAACAGCCAAAACUAGAGAGAACAUUGGGGGAACUGCUGAAAGAGGAAGCUCCAUUGUACGAAAACUUGAUGAAUGCUGAGUUUGUAGAGAAGUUGAUAGAAUUCCUAGCAUUAGAGGAACACAAAAGGAAAGACAAAUUCCGUACCAAGACCAUGACUUUAUUUAAGGGCUUGCAUCGUAACUUUGGUGACACUUUCCUGGAACUUCUCAAGCCGAAUAUAGAACGUCUUAUCAGUGACACUAGUCAUGAUAAACAUGACAGCAGCCAAAGGUGUGCGAUGGAGAUGUUGUCAGGGAUCCUACGUGGGUCAAAACACUGGCCCUUCGAUAAGGUUGAAUCCCUGUGGAAGUGGACAACACCUCUACUGAAAAAGGCACUGAACAACAUGACGGUGGAAACUCUAGAGGAUUGGGGAACAUUCUUCACCGUCAUAUCGGAAAGCAGGGACCCCAGAAAACUACAUUGGUACUUUGAACUAGUCAUGGAAAACCCUCUGAGUGGAGAGGGAGGUUCCUUUGGAGACUCCAGUCGGCUGUAUGGGAUACAGAGUGCGCUGAGUCAGCAGGAAUGGAGGGUGUCAAAGCUAUUACACAGACUCCUUGACUACCUCAUGCCGCACCUUUCUCACCCGUACAAAAACGUACGAGACAGAAUCGGAAGUAUCCUGUCCAGUAUAUUCUUAUACGACUACCACAUGAGUCCAAAUAGUGUGACCUCAUCACCGAAGCGCAAGGAUUUUAUGAAGAUUAUCUUGCCACAGAUCGAGGGACUUAAGCACAUUGUGUUGGAUGAGACAGCUACAGAGGGAAAUGCUAAGAACGGGGGCGGAGCUAAUCAUGUGUUAGGUAAAGGGGAGGAGCUUAUGGAUGUUGAGGAGAGUGAGGAGGAUCAGGAGAGAAAAGCUUCUGUGAGACUUUGUAAAUCUGUGAUGAAAUGGGUGUUAAACAGCCUGAGUUUACUGAUGAACUUCACAUCUGCACCGCCAGAGUUCUUUCAACUUCUACCAAUUAUGUGUACUCUGGAGAGUGAGACGCGGGACGAAGAGCUGAAGACGGAUUGUACGUUGGCGCUGUCUUACUUCGCCCAGUCUCUCGUCCAGCCGGAAUUGGUUCCCCUAGCAUUGACCACCAUCAGAGAGGUGACAAUGUUACAGUCGUGGCACGCCCGCAGGGCCAUCCUCAGCUACAUACAGGUGAUGGUGUUCUGUAACUACUUCACGUUCCACACACCUGAGAACAUCAAUGAGAUCGAGGACAUUGUACUCGGACUGAUAUGUGAUGACCAGCUGGAGGUGCGAGAGAUGGCUGCCAUUACCUUGAGUGGACUGUUGCAUUGUGGGUUCCUACAGAUGAACCAACACAUGCUGGAUCACUUUGAGCUUCUGAGUAGAACUAAAGUGAAGAAGAGGAAGCAGCUGAAAGACAACCUUCCUUUGGAGGCCUUGGUAAAGCGCCACGCUGGCGUUCUGGGGCUGGGCGCCUUUGUACAGGCGUACCCCUACGAUGUGCCAAACUUCAUGCCUCAGAUACUCAUGGAUCUCAGCAAUCACGUCAAUGAUCCACAGCCGAUACAGAUGACCGUGAAGAAGACCUUGUCAGACUUCCGGCGGACGCAUCACGACAACUGGCACGACCAUAAGCAGAUGUUCACAGACGACCAGCUGGUGAUACUGACCGAUCUCUUGGUCUCCCCAACGUAUUAUGCAUAAGAAUAUCCUGCCACUGUCUAAAAGGAGGUCAGUGUCCCCGGAUUGGUGAUAGGUCAUAGGUCAAGACAAAAAGAUAGUCCCUCAAAUGUAGCUGUGUUAUAUCGCUGGCUGUUUAGUGUCGACUUUUGUCAUUUGUGGCUGGGAAACUUGUUUGGACUUCUAUGGAAGAAGAUUGAUUAUUCUUGCCCAACACCUAUAUGCAAAGGUGUAAGACACAGAUGAUAAGUCUUAGAGACUAAUUGUUAGCCGAGCUAAGGUCCAAGUGAUCCAAACAACUGAGGUACCCGACCAGGGAGGUUGGAUAUAAGUGAUGGAACUUUUCCUUAGUGCGAAACGACCAGUCUGUCUGCUAGUUCUUAAAAUGCAACAUUUUACGGGGUAAAGACUGGCAGACCUGUUGCCCAAGUGGUCAAAUAGUUAGUGAAGUGAUUAACAAAAGUGGCCAAACUCUCGUUAGUGAAAAAUUUCUUGCGGAGGUAGAUUUGAUUGUUAGCAUUGGCUCCUCACAGGUGCUCUACUGAUAGGAGACUUUAUGAUGAUCAAAAGCUGAAAAUGUUUUUUGUUCCAUUGUGAUCAAUCUUGUUGUGAUGUUUAUUCCCAUUCCCUAAUGAGGUUCAACUAUAUAUGAACCCUGACGAGCGAAAAAGACUAGAAAUAAUUUGUUUGAAAAAUGUUUUUUGAAAUUGUCAAAAUUUUAUCAAUCCUUGACAAGAAAUGGUAGCAUUUGCCAAAUCUGGAAGAGAAAUUGUAGCUUUUUCUGAAUGUGGAUGACUGUAAAUAUGAAUGUGUUAAUGAUUUAAGGCGAGGUAACCCUUCAUCAGGUAAGAUAACUCUUGCCAGAAAAAUAUUUAAUUUGGUUACAUUUGCGUAUCCCGGUUGAAAUGGCACAGGUGGCGCAGAAAUAUUCCACGAUAAA